CAGUUGUGUGGAUAAACUAAAGCAUUCAACACGGUAUUCGGGUAGACGGCAGUUAUUCAAUAAUUCGACGGUGAAGACGACAAGAAAAACGAAGACUGCCUAUUACGAGUUGAGAGCAUUUCCCAAGGGGGGGCCAAAGUACUAGUCCGCAAUCGAAGUAUUCUUCGAAAAAAAAACGUGUAAAAAAUUGUUAGAAGUUAUUCUCAAUUACGGGUUUAAUUGGGUUUUUUUGUUUCGCGUUCGACGAGCAAACCACCUCAAGAUCAGCGACAGCACAUGACGAUGACAGCAACCUACCUUGUCAUAUCGCGAAAUUAAGUUUAUUGAAAAAGUGAUGUUAAAGCUAUUCUGUGAAUUUUGAAAAAGAAAAGAAAAAAAAAACGGAAAACGAAAUCAACAAAAAAAGAAAACGAAAGAAAAGUUUUUUUUUUACAUUACAUUCUAACCGACGGCAACCCUCAUCAAUCGGCCAACAUCAAAUGAAUACAUUUUGGAUAUAUUUUUAAGUGGAACAACCAGCCACGAAACGGAUAUCCGCAAUUUGCAAAAAAAAAUCAAGAGAGUGUGAUAUCAAUGAGUUAAUCUAACGCAAAUUCUCUCACCACUUCUUGAUUUCCGUGAGACCGGAAGAAAUUUCCCCAACCACCUACCUGCCACUACAAAAUCCAACUUCUCACCAUGUUGAUGACCAAAAAUUCCAUGACCAAGCGGAAAACGUUUAUAUUCGCCUGCUUUGGCAUUGCCAUUGGCCUGUGCAUUGGCACGGUGCUGAAAAACUAUCGAGCCCUUGAGAUCGUCAAAAGAUGUAGUCUUAAGCCGAACAAUUUGAAAACUCCCUUCGAAAUAAUCGGUCUCAAACCUGAAGAUACAAUACAAAAUUCUCAAAAGAAUCUGGUAUUUGUUGGAGUGAUGACAGCGAAAAAUUUCAUCGAAGGACGAGCGAGAGCAGUCUACGACACAUGGGGCAAAGAGGUGCCAGGUCGUAUUGCCUUCUUCAGUUCAGAGGGUUCAUUCUCUGAUGAGCUGCCCGUGGUGGGUUUGAAAAAUGUCGACGAUCGUUAUCCGCCGCAGAAGAAAUCCUUUAUGAUGUUAUACUAUAUGUAUGAGAAUUUCAUUGACAAGUUUGAAUGGUUCAUCCGGGCCGAUGAUGAUGUCUACAUAGAGCCCCAGAAAUUGGAGAAUUUCCUGAGAUCAAUUGAUAGUUCUAAGCCACAGUUUAUAGGCCAGGCUGGCAAAGGCAACACCGAAGAAUUUGGCCUCUUGUCCCUGGAGUUUGAUGAAAACUUUUGCAUGGGCGGUCCUGGUGUCAUUCUCAGCAGUGAAACUUUGCGUAGAGUGGCUCCUCACAUACCCACCUGCCUGAAAAAUCUCUACAGCACCCAUGAGGAUGUGGAGGUGGGUCGCUGUGUGCAAAAAUUUGCCGGCAUUCCAUGCACAUGGAAUUAUGAGAUGCAAUACAUCCUCCGCCACAAUUCCAGUGGUCGAGCCGCAUUCACCGGCAAAUUGAAACGCAAAGAAAUCCACAAUGCCAUUUCCUUGCAUCCGAUUAAACAGGCACCACUUAUGUAUCGCCUUCACUCAUAUAUUCAGGGUCUUAAGGCCGAGGAAAUGCGCCAGGAAUCAUUGAUGCUGCAUCGAGACAUCAAACGCAUGGCCAAAUAUUUGGAAAUACCCGAUGAUAGUAGAUAUUUGGUACCCGGCAUCACACUGAUACCCGAAGAGGAGAAUAGCAAACGUCACGUCGAGGACCAUAAUAUAUUGGGCAUAAGUCCCGAUCUAAAUAAAUAUGUACCCAAGACGAAAGAAGAUCUUUUGGAAUGGUCAUUUAUUGCACGUGGCCUCUAUUCGAUAGAACAUUCCAAUCCCAAGCAUAAAAUCGACUCAGCAAUGCGAGAAGGCCUUGAAGAUGUUAUCACCGAAGUUAUGGAAAAUAUCAACAACUAUUCGCGACAGAGGGGACGGGUCAUUGAGUUUCGGGAACUUUUGUAUGGCUACACCCGACUGAACACCCUGCAUGGACAAGAUUUGAUAUUGGAUUUGUUAUUGAUUUAUAAAAAAUAUCGUGGCAAAAAGAUGACCGUUCCGGUGAGGCGACAUUUGUAUGUGCAAAGGGCCUUUACGGGCAUUUUUGUGAAGGAGUUCGAGGAGGAUUUCUACAACACCACAUUGCAGAGGAGCUUUUUCAAAAACAUUUUGAAUCAGGGUGUGGAGAAGCUAACCAAUCACUUUUCAUUGCCGGGCAUCUUGCCUUCAUCGCGUACCUCUGGUGUGGGAGCCAAGUCCAGAAUUGUUUUUGUUUUACCCAUUGCUGGCCGCUUGGCUACCUUCAAACGUUUCUUGGACACCUAUGAGCAGGUGGCCAUUACGGAGGAUAAAAAUUGUGAUUUACUUGUGGUGAUCUUUGGUAGCCAAGAUGAGGUGCACGACCACCUGGAGUUGUUGAAACAAUUGAAAAGUCGCAAUAUAUAUCAACAAAUCAAUUAUAUACAACGCCAGGAGGAGUUCUCUCGUGGUGUGGCCCUGGACACAGCUGCCCGUUCAUCUUAUAUCCAGGAUGAUAAUAUCAUACUCUUUAUCGAUGUCGAUAUGGUCUUUAAAUUGGAGACCUUGCAGCGAAUACGCAUGAACACCAUACAAGGUAGCCAGGUGUAUUUGCCGAUUGUCUUCAGUCAAUACGAUCCGAAGCGACAGCAUCAAGAAUACAUAUCUCCCGAGGAGAUCACAAAUGAAUCGGGAUAUUUUAGACAAUUUGGUUUCGGAAUUUGUGCCAUUUACAAAUCCGACAUUAUGGACGAAAGUAUAAAUGGUUUCGAUAAGGACAUUACCGGCUGGGGUUUGGAAGAUGUGAAAUUUUUGGAGAAAAUUGUUAAAAACGGCCAUCAACAGAAUUCGUUUAUGGUCAAUACGGCAGAGGUGUCGGAGGACUAUAAUGCCAAGGCUGCCCAGCUAAGGCGUCUAUCUAUAUUUCGGGCACCCGAUCCAAGUUUGGUCCAUAUCUAUCAUGACAUUAGCUGUGAUGUCAAUCUGGAGGUGGCCCAAUACAACAUGUGUCUGGGUACCAAAGCCAAUUCUCUGGGCAGCACAAAACUCAUGGAGAACUUGUUCUUCGACAAUGUGGACAAUUUAGAUUUUAUUAAAGAAUUUAAUCGUCGAAAAGAAAUGAGAUGAGAGUGCGAGAGAGAGAGAGAGUUUUAAGCUAAUCUAUGGGGGGCAUAAUUUUAACUGAAAACAAAAUGGGCGGUAUUUUUUUUAUAGAAAUUAUAUUUAAAUUAAUUAGUUUUGUUAAUUGUAAUUAAAAAAUUGUUGCAUUGUAACGGUUAAGUUCACUAUAAUUAAAUUGUUUUCUAAUUGCAUUUUGUUGCAAAAAAGACAUUGCACACAAGAGACGAGAAAGAGAGCGCGUUAAAUGCAUUGGAUAUUUUGUUUAGAAUAUUAUGAAUUUAUUAUGUUUAGAUAAGAGAUCCCAUAAAUAUCAUCUCUAAAAUCUGAAGCUUUCUAGAACCCAAAUGGCCUAAUCAAGGACGGGACCUUCACCAAUAUAACACGACAAAAUUAAAUUUAAAAAAAAUUAGAGGAAAAUGUCUCCAUUUUUUAAUAGUUAACAAUUACAAAAUAAUAUAACUUUUUAGAAAGGAGAAACUGUAAUAUUGCAGGCCCCAGACAUCGUUAAAGACCAUAGCUUAUUUCAAUAACAACCCAAUUAUAUGUAUUUCAAAUAGCACCUUCAAAAUAGCUUCAUUAAGUUUUGAGAAAGGAGAUAAAGCUAACAACCCUGCUGAGGAAAAGUUCUUCAAUCUAAUUAUACCCUCAGCCAUAUGGCUGAGAUAUGAUACGGCCAAAAUGUGCCUCAUCGAAAUAACGGGUUUAGAGCCUAGGUCUCUUUUUACCAAAUCCGCUUCAGCACAUUUGGAGUCGAUAUAGCGAUGUCCGCCCGUCCAUCCGUCUGUCUGGAUGGAUGGUGCGCACAAGAUCUCACGAAGGGAGCAUCCGAUUUGAUCCAAACUAAGUACAUCGUAAAACUAUUGUCAAACCUAGAUCGAGUUCGGAGUUGGGCAAUAUCGGUGUACUCCAUCUGGUACCUCCCACACAAAAUGUCAACGUAUUCAAAGAAAAUAAUUUACUUCACAGAAAGAGAGAAAGGAUAAUUCGAUUUUGCAAAUCCUAAUAUCAACUUUGCAAAUUCUAAUAUUUGCAUCAGUGCUAGGUCAGGUGGGAAAAUCGACAAAAUUUUGAAUAAAUAUAACUCUUAUAAAAUGUGAUGAAAGUAUCCGAUUGUUUUCAAAUUACACACAUCACAAUAUAUUUAUUUACCCAAGAUCUGGUGUGAAGAUGGAAUAUAUCGCUCCACUCCUUCUGGUUCCUCCCCCACAAAAGGUCGAAAUUUUCAUAAAAUAUAUUUUUUGCACAGAUAGAGAAACAAUAAUCCAACUUUGCAAAUCCUAAUGUUUGCGUCAGUGCACUAUCGGUCCACUCCAUCAAGUACCUGCCCUACAAAUGGUCAAAAUUUUGAAUAAUUACAACUCUCAUAAUAUGCGAUGUAAGAAACCGAUUGUCUUCAAAUUUCACACAUCCCAAUAUUUUUAUUAACCCAAGGUCUGGCGUUAAGAUGAAAUAUAUCGGUCAACUUAUUCUGGUACUUCUCCCACAAAGGGUCAAAAUUUUGAAUACCCUUGAAGCUCAUAAAACAUGAAAUUAACAUCCGAUUCCAUUCAGACUUGGUACAUCUCAAUAUUUCUAUCAACACAAAAUCUGUUUUAAAGAUGAUAGAGAUCGAACCAUUCCUUCUGGUACCUCCCUCACAAAGGGUCAAUGUUUUGAAUAAACAAAACGAUCAUAAAAUCAGAAUUAAGCAUGCGAUCCUCUUCAAAUUACACGCAUCAAACUAUUUUUAUUAACCCAGGGUCUGGUGUGAAAAUGGGAUAUAUCGAUUCACUCCUUCUGGUACCUCCCCCACAAUGGGGCAAAAUUUUGAGAGUCCACGAAACUCAUAACACGCGAAAUUAACAUCUGAUUCCAUUCAGACUUGACACAUCUCAAUAUUUCAAUCACCACAAGAUCUGUUAUAAAGAUGAUAGAGAUCGGACCAUUUAUUCUGGUACCUCCCCCACAUAGAGUUCAAGAUUUUUGAAAAACAAAACGAUCAAUGCACCCGUAAAAAGCAUUCAAAUCUCUUCAAAUUUAACACAUCCAAAUAUUUUUCCUAACGCAAGAUCUAUGGUGAAGAAGAUAUAUUUCUUCUUCCGGUAACUCAAUCACAAGGGGUCACAUUUUUCAAUACUUUUAUCUGUCAUAACAUGCGAAACACAUCGGCUAUUUUCUACAACUAUUUAUCUAAUUUAUCGAAAUUUAUGAUUUCGCAUAAAUUUUAAAUAAACGAACAUUUACUGAGGGUAUACUUCUGUCGGCAAUACCGACUGAUGAUUUUUCACUUAUUUUUAUAUAGACUUUAAACACCCCUCCCAAAUAUCCCAUUAGGCCAUCAAAGAGUUCAAGAAAAGCUGCCCAAACUCAAACGAGAAAUAAGAAUUAAUUAAUCAAGCUCAAAUAAAAUAACAA